AUGUCUAGAUCAAAUAAGGCUUUGAGAACAAAACGAUGCCAUGUCAAUAUGAGUAGUAAGGCACAAGAUAUGAUGGAAAACAUGACUGAAGAAACCGUAGAACAACAUUUGGCAUCGACAAAAAAGAAAAUGAAACGUUCAUUGGAGACAUUAGAUAGGGAACCACCUCAAACUUUGGUAUUCUUCCAUUGUGAAUUCAGAUAUAACCUUAUAAGUAAUAAAAGAAAAAAUUAUACCGAGGACACUUUAUCAGUUGGAGGAUUUGACACGAUGGUAUUUUCGGAAGAUAUCAAAAAUAUUCCAGAAAAUAAUAAAGCUAAUUACAAAGAAAAAGAUGAGUUAGCUGAAGAUGAAUUUAAAAAAAGUUUGGCAGAAGCGGAUAUCAUCAAUAUAAAACGUGAAAUAACCACCACAAUAUCAAAUAUUCGAUCAACAACAACUAUUGAAGAUUUUGAUACAAAACAGGUUGACUUUAUAAAACGAAUACUAGAAAUCAAACUCAAGCCGGACAUGUCUAACUAUACCUUUUUGAGAGGAAUGAAAAAUGAUGUUCCCUCAUCUAAAUGGUGUCAUGAAAUGGUUUACUGCGAUAGUAGCGCCUCUGCACGUAAGGCAGAUGUAUCUAAAAAUGUAAUGAUUGCAGUGUUUGUAAAUGAAAUUCUUCUACGUUCAAGCAUGGCCAUGAAUGAUAUAAAUGAUAGCAUCAGCACAACUCCCCAACAGCCAACAAGAGCUCGUAGAACAACACCUAAUAAUUCUAGAAAUAGACCUAGAGCUGUCACACCAGAAAUGGUAUGUUUCUUUGUGGUCAAGUUGAAAAUGUUGUUUUCAGCAUUGAUAACUUUGUUUAUUAUAGGUGGAGACAUACCUUCAACAUCUCAAGCAUCCUCCUCAACAUCCACAUCAUCAACUUCAACGGAUGCAGAUUCUCAACGGUCUCUUAUUGACAAAUAUAAACUUCAAGAAGCCGUAAAUCGAGGCUUUGUCCCCGCUGAUCCACCCAAAAAAUGGGAAGCUACACCCGAGAAAAGACAAGAAUUAUUACAAUUGAAAAAGGAUGCAAUGGUCUUAAUGGCUAGAGAACGAUAUCUCAAACAACAACGGCAAAAAGAACAAAAGGAAGCAUCCGUUUCAAAUGAAAAUGAAACCACAUCAACAGUUUCAACAUCAUCAUUAGCAGGCAAUAAUUAUUCACAAAUUAAUCCAGUUGAUGAAGGCGAAUUAAGACGUCGACAGAUAUUAGAGGCAACUGAACGAAGGUGGAGUAAAGAAGUAAACAAAUAA